AUGACUUCCAGAUCAAGGCAAGGGGGCUACAACUACGUAUGGCUUGUGUCCUAUACGACCGAGCAUCACGUAUCGGACAGCAUCGAGACUCUAUCAUCUCGGAAGAUGAUCAUCCGCGAGCCCAAAGAGGAAGCUUGGUCAUGUCAAGUCGAAAACGAAAUAGCCUUCCUUACGUACCUUGCCAAAAACCACCCGUCGAUACCAGUCCCUAAGGUGUACACUUAUAACAUCAAGCAAUCAGGAUCGGACAGUCCGUAUAUCGCUAUGGAGUUCAUCGAUGGCCGGCCUCUAGAUUGCCUAUGGUUUAGCUUGACAAAAACCGAGAAAGCAAGUGUUGCUGACGAGGUUGCGCAAAUCAUUGGCACACUGAGUGAGAUCAAUCUCGGCGGUAUUGGCGGUUUCACUUUGGAGCAUAGAUCGGACCCACUGUUGAAGGCUUCAAAUUGUUUAAAGGAAGACUCACUCCCCAGCCUUCUACAACAUCGGACCAUAUCCUUCUACACAUGCCUAUGUGAUUGCUUGCUACGGUAA